AAAACUUCGGCCUUCCUUAUUUAUCCGUUUCGAUUUUCAAAAUCUCAGACAAAAAUGCUAGAACACCGACACUAAAAGCUUUGAAUCGAUUCUCUCUCUCUCUCUUGAGACUGUUCAAAUUGAGCUCGAAUCUUGUAUUAAUGGCGUCCUGAUCAGGAUUAAUUUGUUUUGGUAGCAGUUGUUGUCGGGGGACAAGCUAUUGGCUCGUAUGAAGUACUUACUUCGUCGGCUUCCUUCUUUUCCUUUUCAAUCAAAUGACCUUGAUGUGUUGUCUCGUAGCACACUCAUUGACAGAUUCUUUGUCUCAUUGAAUAAUUAUUCGAUGUCAAGGCCAGGAGAGAGGAACUUAAUUACACUUGAUUCUUGCUGUUGAAAGAGGUUCUCUGUUGUCAAAUUGUAUCUGCAAGUUUGUUGAUUUAAGGAGAAAAUAAAUAAUGGAAGGAGAGGAGGAACGGGUAGAGCUUAAAUUCCGCGUAUUUGACGGCACGGAUAUUGGUCAUAAUAACUAUGUUGCAUCUACUACUAUUGCAGCACUCAAGGAAAGGCUUGUGACCGAGUGGCCUCAAGGAAAAACAGUCGUACCUAAGUCAGUAAAUGAUGUGAAACUUAUAUACGCUGGGAAAGUCUUAGAGAACAGCAAGACACUCGCCGAGUCCAGAAUAAUCUUUGGCGAUCUUCCUGGUGGAGUUAUUACAAUGCAUGUAGUGGUGCAGCCUUCUGUAUCCAAGAAGAAUACAGACAAUAACCAGGAGGAGAUGCCGAAGAUGAACGCGUGCACAUGUACAAUUCUUUAAUAAGACAAAGCCCUUCACAUCACUACUCACAUCGCUACUUUGCUGAGAGAGCUAAGCAGAUUCCCCCUCCAAAAGAAAAGAAAAAAAAAAAAAAACGUUUGCAGAUUCCUGCUCCAAAAAAAAAAAAAUUUGCAUUUUCCAUUCUCUAUACAAAAUUAGUUAGGUUCAAUAGGCCCGAGUUGUCGUCAAAUUUGGCCCAUUUUUGUUAUUUUUAUUUGCUUCCUUUGUUGUUAUUCUCCAUGUUGUAAUCAUUCUUGUACAAGGUAGCUCAAAAUAUGUACCAAAUGUUUGACCUUUCUUAAAACUGGCAGAAAUACUGGGAAUGAGCCACUACCAGUGUCGGUGAAUGGUGAGGGCAUCAUGUCAUAAGAUCCUUGAAACAUGGAGGAUUAUUGUAACUUAUAUGGCCUAUUCCAAGGCUUAAUCUUUAUUGAUUACAGGCAUGUUGGAAUAUAUGCAAUUCAACAUUUAAUCA